AAGGUGCCGCCGGAGCAAGAUGGAGGCGCCGCCGCUUCUGCCGCCUCCCCCGUUUUGGGCCGCGGGUCCUGCGCCGGGGGAGCUUUACUCGCCGCCCUGUCCGGGCCAGGGAUUCGGCCUGGAGGCCUUAGGAGGGGGAGUCAACAGAACCCUGAGUCCCAUGGUGACUGGCACAUCAGUGCUGGGGGUGAAGUUCGAUGGCGGAGUGAUCAUCGCUGCAGACAUGCUGGGCUCCUACGGCUCCCUUGCCCGCUUCCGCAACAUCUCCAGGGUCAUGAAAGUCAACGACAGCACCGUGCUUGGGGCCUCGGGUGAUUACGCUGACUUCCAGUACCUCAAGCAAGUCAUAGACCAGAUGGUGAUUGACGAAGAGCUGCUGGGAGACGGCCACAGCUACAGCCCGAAGGCCAUUCACUCCUGGCUGACCCGGGCCAUGUACAGCCGCCGGUCGAAGAUGAACCCCCUGUGGAACACUGUUGUGAUCGGUGGUUAUGCCAAUGGAGAGAGUUUCUUAGGUUACGUCGACAUGCUGGGCGUGGCUUACGAAGCGCCUACUCUCGCGACUGGAUACGGCUCUUACGUAGCGCAGCCGUUGAUGAGGGACGCCCUGGAGAAGAAGGGGACCCUAUCCGGAGAAGAGGCCCGGGCCCUCAUUGAGCGCUGCAUGAAAAUCCUCUACUACCGGGACGCCCGCUCGUUCAACCGGUACGAGCUGAUCAUCGUGACGGAGAAGGGCGUGGAAGUGGAAGGGCCGCUCACUUCCGACACCAGCUGGGAAAUAGCACACCUGGUCAGGUAA